AGAAAAUGGCUGCUCGUCGCUGAUUGGAUGCGGCACUCGGGAUAUAAAAGUGAGGGGUGGCGGAAGGUCUCGUUCUUUUGCUCCACGGAGGCCUCGUGAGGGAACACCGGAGUCUUUAAACCGCUGCCGUGCGAUCCUUGGGUUACCGCGAUGCCCAGGGAAGACCGAGCCACGUGGAAGUCCAACUAUUUCCUCAAGAUCAUUCAACUCUUGGAUGACUAUCCCAAAUGUUUCAUCGUGGGGGCAGACAAUGUGGGCUCCAAGCAGAUGCAGCAAAUCCGCAUGUCCUUGCGUGGGAAGGCCGUGGUCCUGAUGGGGAAGAACACCAUGAUGCGCAAGGCAAUCCGCGGGCAUCUGGAAAACAAUCCCGCUCUGGAAAAGCUUCUGCCUCAUAUCCGUGGCAACGUGGGCUUUGUGUUCACCAAGGAGGAUCUGACUGAAAUCAGGGACAUGUUGUUGGCCAAUAAGGUGCCAGCUGCUGCCCGUGCAGGCGCCAUCGCCCCCUGUGAUGUGACCGUGCCAGCUCAAAACACAGGGCUUGGCCCUGAGAAGACAUCCUUCUUCCAGGCUUUGGGCAUUACCACCAAGAUCUCCAGAGGCACCAUUGAAAUCCUGAGUGAUGUGCAAUUGAUCAAGACUGGAGACAAAGUGGGUGCCAGCGAAGCCACCCUGCUGAACAUGUUGAACAUCUCCCCGUUCUCCUUUGGGCUCAUCAUCCAGCAGGUGUUUGAUAAUGGCAGCAUUUACAGUCCUGAAGUUCUGGACAUCACUGAAGAGACCCUGCACGGACGCUUUCUGGAAGGUGUCCGCAACAUUGCCAGCGUUUGCCUCCAUAUUGGGUACCCGACGGUUGCCUCUGUGCCCCACUCUAUCAUCAAUGGGUACAAAAGAGUCCUGGCUGUGGCUGUGGAGACUGACUACUCUUUCCCAUUAGCUGAAAAGGUAAAGGCUUUCCUGGCCGAUCCCUCUGCUUUUGUGGCCGCUGCCUCCGCAGCGGUUGAGUCUGCUGCUCCUGCUGCAGCUGCCCCAGCCAAGGAAGAAGCCAAGGAAGAAUCGGAAGAGUCUGACGAAGACAUGGGAUUUGGUCUCUUUGAUUAACUUGCUGGUUUUGUCACCCUUCAGUCAGAGCAGACUGAAAUAAUAAUUAAAAAAUAAUAAAAGUACUUCUCUACA